UUCGGGGAGCGGUUCGCGGAGCGGCGGGAGCCGCGGUCGGGUCGGGGCGCGCGGCAGCAUGGAGGAGCUGAGCAGCGUGGGCGAGCAGGUCUUCGCCGCGGAGUGCAUCCUGAGCAAACGGCUCCGCAAGGGCAAGCUGGAGUACCUGGUCAAGUGGCGCGGCUGGUCCUCCAAACACAACAGCUGGGAACCAGAGGAAAAUAUCCUGGACCCGAGGCUGCUCCUGGCAUUCCAGAAGAAGGAACAUGAGAAGGAGGUGCAGAACCGGAAGAGAGGCAAGCGGCCCAGGGGCAGGCCGAGGAAGCACACGGUGAUGUCCUCCUGUAGCCGGCACUCCAAGCUCAAGGAACCUGAUGCCCCCUCCAAAUCGAAAUCCAGCAGCUCCUCCUCUUCCUCCACGUCUUCCUCUUCUUCCUCAGACGAAGAGGAUGACAGCGACUUAGAUGCCAAGAGGGGCCCCCGAGGCCGCGAGACUCACCCAGUGCCUCAGAAGAAGGCCCAGAUCCUGGUAGCCAAGCCCGAACUGAAGGACCCCAUCCGGAAGAAGCGGGGCCGCAAGCCUCUGCCCCCAGAGCAGAAGGCGGCCCGGAGACCCAUGAGCCUGGCCAAGGUGCUGAAGACAGCCCGGAAGGACCUGGGGGCGCCGGCCGGCAAGCUGCCCCCUCCGCUCAGCGCCCCUGUGGCCGGCCUGGCCGCCCUGAAGGCCCACGCCAAAGAGGCUUGUGGUGGCCCCAGCACCAUGGCCACCCCGGAGAACCUGGCCAGCCUGAUGAAGGGCAUGGCCGGCAGCCCCAGCCGGGGUGGCAUCAGCUGGCAGAGCUCCAUCGUGCAUUACAUGAACCGGAUGAGCCAGAGCCAGAGCCAGUCCCAGGCCGCCGGCAGACUAGCUCUCAGGGCCCCGGCCACUAGCAAGUGCAGCCUAGGGCUGGACCUCAAGGUGAGGACGCAGAAGGGGGAGCUGGGGGUGAGCCCCCCUGGAAGCAAAAUCCCAAAGGCCCCCAGCAGUGGGGCGGUGGAGCAGAAAGUGGGGAGCUCAGGAGGGCCCCCACAUGCUCACAGCGGCAGCAAGGUCCCCACGGGGUGCCUUGGCCCCCAGCCUGCACCCACCCAGGAGCUGAGCCUCCAGGUCUUGGACUUACAGAGCGUCAAGAACGGGACGCCAGGGGUGGGCAUGGCUGCCCGCCAUGCCACAGCCACCAAGGGUGUCCCUGCCACCAACCCAGCCACUGGGAAGGGCACUGGGGGUGGCCCCACUGCGGGGAGCGGGGCCAGCCUGCUCACCGACACCAGCAAGGGUGAGAAGCUAGCCUCCAGGGUGGCAGCCAUGCCCACCCUUGCAGGCAAGAGGGACUGUGUCAAGGGCAACACAGCCUCCGGGCAAGAGGGCCACGCGCCCUUGGGAGAAGCGCGCAAGGCAGCUGCGCUGUCCGAGGUGAGCACCGGCGAGGAGGACAGCAGCUCCGACUCGGACCCCGACUCGGCCUCGCUGCCCAGCGCCGGGCAGAACCUGUCGGUGUCCAUCCAGACCAGCCAGGACUGGAAGCCCCCCCGCAGCCUCAUCGAGCAUGUCUUCGUCACUGACGUCACUGCCAACCUCAUCACGGUCACGGUGAAGGAGUCCCCCACCAGCGUGGGCUUCUUCAACCUGAGACAUUACUGACGCCGCCUGGCUGCGUGGGUCUCAGCUGCCACUCUCUGGCCUCUGGCUUUGCUUUGAUAUGUGGCCCACUCCCCUUACCCUCUCCAGGGGCCAGUGGCCUCCCUCAAGGGCAGGCCUGGAUGGGAACUCCCCCUGUGACUUUGGCCAGGGAGGUACCGUGGUGCCUUGCCGCCUUGCCGCCUGGCCUUGCCCUCAUUCCUACCUCUGGGCCUUCUCUUUGCUCCCCACUAGCCUCAGGAAGUCUCGGCGGCCACCUGUGGCUCAGCGAAAUGUUACUCAAGUGUGUCAGCUCACCACCCCCAUCUCCCAGGGGCUCAGGUGUUAGAGCAGGGGGCUUCUCCUGGUGCAGCUUGGCUGUUCCCUGCCCAGUGGUGGGAGGAGACGGUGUAUGGGGCUUUGCAGGGAGGUGUCAGGUCUGGGGAGCUGCUCAGGGUGUGGAAGAUGGGGAGAGGGGAGCAGGGAAGUGGCUUUGCUUGUCUGAGCGGUGCCUGAGCUGGCAUGGGCGAGGGCACCGUUCACCUCCCUGUCCCUGCCCCAAUCCCAGACAGAUAAGGGCUGAGGCUUUAAUGGAGGAGGGAGGGGUGGAGCUGGUCCCAGAGCUGUUUCACAUGAAGAGACUCCAAGGUUGGGGGAACAUGAGACAGGUGUCAGUCCACUGCCCUCCAUUCUGCCAGCCUGUGCAAGGACUGCCUUAGUCCUAAUUGUGGCCCCACGUGCUGCCCCAGGCCGCCCGGGCAGUGGGCAGCUGUUGGAAGUAGGUCUCCUCUCCCACCAUCCUCUGGCUUCCAGCUGCAGGGUGAGUACUGAUCACAGCCCCACCCACGUCUGCCCAGCUGAUGUCACCUCCUUCCCCUGACAAUCCCCCCCAUCUCUAGGGGGUUCAGUGUUAUCCUCCCCUGCUGAGAAGCUGUAUCCCUGUACCAUUUGGGAAAUGGGACAAAAUCUGAGCAGCCCACCUGGCAGAGGACCCCCCAGGAAAGGCCAGAGCUGCCAGCCCAACUGCCUUCCUCCAGGUGACCGAGUCGGAGCUGCCUUGUUUGGUUCCUGACCAAGGUCAGAAUGACCAGACAUCUUGGGGCUGAGAGAUGGGUGCAUCAGUGAGUGGGGUCACUGGUCUUUGUGAUGCCAAAAAGGAAGUUGGAAGUGGGGGGGGGGGCUUUGUUUCUGCUUCGAUUAUCUGCUGGCAUCAGCCAGCAUAUGUGGGGUCUCUUGUCCACAUCGCCUUGAGUGCAGAGGAGAACCCAAUGUAUGGGGUAGACCUGCCAGACCUCCAGUUCCCCUGCUCCCUCACCCUCCACACCAAAUAGGAAGAGAUGGCUUUUGUUUAGCCAGAUCAGUUUCAACAGUGUGCCUUUGGGGAUGAACCCAUGUCCACAACCUUGUUGAGGGGCGUCUAAAUGCAUCUCCCGAGUCUUGCACUAGGUAGCUGUGCUGGCUGCCGCAGGAACGGCACCCAAGAUCUGGGGGCCCUGGACAGCCAGGCUGAAGCUGGAAAGUUGGCAAUGAAGCGGGAAAUUGUCCCCUGCACUGCCCCAGCAGGGGAUGGAGAGAUGCCAGCUCACUGCACAGUCUGGAAGGAAGGGGUGGCAGCACACGGCCCUUGGCACCAGCUUCCCCUCCUGUCCCCACAUGCCCCUGGGUGUGACUGAAGGGGCUCUUCUGGGCCGCCUUCCCCUCCAAGGAGCUCCUCAUCUCCGUGUUUUGCUGCCUUAGGGGCUGCAGAGCCAGGCCAACAGUAGCUCUCCCAUCCAAGCCGUCAGGGCGACCCUGCUCUGGGCUGGCCUGACAGCCCCAGCAGCCAGGUCUCCAAACCCCACUAGGUGCCUUUCUGUUUACCAGCUACUUCAAUCCCAAAGUUUGAAUCUGCAAACACCUUACUCCCAGCCACUUUGCCUUCCUGCUGUGUUGUGUGUUUCUCUUGGUGCUUGUGACUCCGAGUGGUUCGUGUUUAAAAGGGUGAGUGUGUGUGCGCACUUGUAUGCAGGCGUGACAGCCUUCACUGAAGAACUGGACAGAUGCUCAGAGUUGGUUGUCAUGUUUACCAAUAAAUGAAGUAGUACUUUUUAAUUUGCUGCUAUGUGUCGGCGGGGGAGCUAGGCAUUGGUCACACAUCUGACUCGAGAUUCGUUUCUUUAUCCUGCAGGCUUUCCUGUGUGUACUGAACGGGCGUGUUAAUCCUAUCUUGUCUUUCUCUUUGCUUUUGUAAUGCAUAGGAAGAGGUGGCCAGUCUAUCCUCUUUAGAAGAUUUGGCAUAUUUUUAUAUAUAUUUUUUGGUACCAAAAAGAGUGUUCCUUGUUCUUGUUACACUCAAAAUUCUGACAUGACUAAGAGGGCGCUGGGCCUAAAGGUUUUGUCAGGGGAGAACUUUGGGGAGGACCAGAGCUCUGGACUGUUGCCAGUCACUGGCUUGAUUUGUGUUUUUUAAUUUAAAAAAAAGCCAAAUCAUUCAUAUAUGCCGCUUCUAAUUGCUUUAAACUAUGGCUGGCUGGCUGCUUUUUUUAAAGAGAGAGAACAAAAGUGGAUAUGUUAUUGCCCUGGGAUACUUAAGAUCUUUGUUGAAACAGGACAGCAGCCCAGCCCCCAUAUUCAAUCAGGACCAACCAGUUAAAAGAAAUGCUUCCCCCAGGAAGCCCACAAUGGUUGGGGGAAGGGGGUGGGAGGAGGGGAGAGGUAGUGCCUAGGUGAACAGAUUUUUGCUCAAGUGCAUCUAAAGGUUCUGUGAAUUUUCUAGUAUUUUUGUAAAACUAACACUAGCAAUAGGUUGCAGGUUUUUUUAGACUGAUGUUAAUUUAUUUUACAGUGGUGUCAGAGAAUUUCCGUCUCAACUUUUUGUUAAC